UCUGGAAUAUUCUCCUGAGCUCUAGGCCAGCUGCAUUAGUUGCUAAUAUUAACAGUUGAGUCACAGAGCUAGGGGGUGGGCUUUGAGGGUGUGGAGGGUGUUCAGAUCAUUCUGGAAAACUGGUUCUAACUAUAAAAGCAACGAGUGUGUCCAUUUGUGAUUAUAAGAAGAAACACAGAGGUAAAAACCCAGGAGAAGGAAGCUGUCAUAAGAUCUCUCAAAAACUUUGAGCCGAAGACUUGAAGUACAAGCAAGAUGUCUUCAGCAAAAGGAAUAUCGAUUGGCAUUGAUUUGGGCACCACAUACUCAUGCGUUGGGGUUUUCCAGCAUGGCAAGGUGGAGAUAGUUGCCAACGACCAGGGUAACAGGACCACCCCCAGCUAUGUGGCCUUCACUGACACCGAGAGACUCAUCGGGGAUGCGGCCAAGAACCAGGUCGCUAUGAAUCCCACUAACACAAUCUUUGAUGCCAAACGGCUCAUCGGAAGAAAAUGCAAUGACCCGGUUGUCCAGUCUGAUAUGAAGCUCUGGCCUUUUAAGGUGGUCAAUGACAAUGGGAAGCCCAAAGUUGAGGUGGAGUAUAAAGGUGAGAUCAAGUCCUUCUUUCCAGAGGAGAUUUCCUCUAUGGUCUUGGUUAAAAUGAAGGAGGUAGCAGAGGCUUACCUGGGACAAAGGGUGUCUAACGCAGUCAUCACAGUUCCGGCAUACUUCAAUGAUUCUCAAAGGCAGGCCACCAAGGAUGCAGGGGUGAUUUCUGGGCUCAACAUUUUGAGAAUCAUCAACGAGCCCACAGCAGCAGCCAUUGCUUACGGUCUAGAUAAAGGUAAACAAGGAGAGCGCAACGUACUUAUCUUUGACCUCGGCGGUGGAACAUUUGAUGUGUCCAUCCUCACCAUCGAGGAUGGCAUCUUUGAGGUGAAAUCCACCGCAGGGGACACACACCUUGGCGGUGAGGACUUUGACAACCGCAUGGUCAACCACUUUGUGGAGGAAUUUAAAAGGAAACACAAGAAGGACAUCAGCCAGAAUAAGAGAGCAGUGAGGAGGCUGCGUACAGCUUGUGAGAGAGCCAAGAGGACUCUAUCCUCCAGCACACAAGCUAACAUUGAAAUCGACUCUCUGUUUGAAGGCAUUGACUUCUAUACCUCCAUUACGAGGGCACGCUUUGAGGAGCUGAACUCAGAGCUCUUUAGGGGAACACUGGAACCAGUUGAAAAGGCCCUGCAAGACGCCAAGUUGGAUAAGUCCAAGAUCCAUGACAUUGUCCUUGUUGGCGGUUCCACAAGGAUCCCCAAGAUCCAGAAGCUUUUGCAGGAUUUCUUUAACGGAAGAGACCUGAACAAAAGCAUCAACCCCGAUGAAGCGGUGGCUUAUGGCGCUGCAGUCCAAGCCGCUAUCCUCAUGGGGGACACCUCAGAGAAUGUCCAAGAUCUGCUCCUGUUGGACGUGGCUCCUCUGUCUCUGGGUAUUGAGACUGCAGGUGGAGUGAUGACACCUCUAAUCAAGCGCAACACCACCAUUCCCACCAAGCAGACCCAAAUCUUCACCACAUACUCAGACAAUCAACCAGGGGUGCUGAUUCAGGUCUAUGAGGGGGAGAGAGCCAUGACCAAGGACAACAACCUCCUGGGCAAGUUUGAGCUCACAGGCAUUCCUCCAGCUCCCAGAGGGGUACCACAGGUGGAGGUUACUUUUGACAUUGAUGCCAACGGCAUUUUGAACGUAUCAGCUGUGGACAAAAGCACUGGCAAAGAGAGCAAGAUCACCAUCACCAAUGACAAGGGCCGUCUCAGUAAGGAGGAGAUCGAGAAGAUGGUGCAGGAUGCGGAGAAGUAUAAAGCUGACGAUGACAUGCAGAGGGACAAGAUCGCAGCCAAGAACUCAUUGGAGUCGUACGCCUACAAUAUGAAGGGCAGCGUGGAGGAUGAGAACGUGAAGGGAAAGAUCAGUGACGAGGAUAAAAAGGUGAUAAUCGACAAGUGCACACAGACCAUCUCGUGGCUGGAGAAGAACCAGCUGGCUGAGAAAGAUGAGUACGAGCACCAGCAGAGGGAACUGGAGAGCGUGUGCAAGCCUAUUAUCAGUAAGCUCUACCAGGGAGCACCAUCCGGAGGCUGCAACAGUCAGGCAGGAGGCAGCACAAAGGGCCCCACUAUUGAGGAAGUGGACUAAGACGAAGACUAAUUUACUGGAUGUUCACCAAGCGACUUACUUCCAUUGGCUGCAACAUUAGGUACACUUGCACAAUAUAAUGCUAUUUAAUACAACAGCUGUAUCAAAAAUUCAGCCUGAAAGAUAAUUACAGUAUUUCAUUUGAAGCAUUAAUUUAACAAUGUGUUUAUUAUUGUGGUUUGCAGUGGUGUACAACUGUACUGUAUCAUAUUGAGAAGAGUUAAAAAAAUAUAUUUUGAUCACCUUAUUUAUCCACACAAGAGUGGCAAAAUGUUAGAAAUGCUUGGUAAUGGUAUGAUAUCACAAAUCACAACUGUUUAUUGUGCCUGUCUCAAUAAAAAAAAUAUUUUGAAGGUCUGAUAUUGAUGGGAGAGGAGAAAUCACAAACCCCACCAACAAAUUGUGUUACAGUUUACAUUUUAAAAAGUCUGAUUAACAAACUAUGUUAGAUUUUCUUUCACCACGAAUACAGGGUGUCCCAUACGAAUGUUCUGAGUGUAGUUAUGGCAAAGAGAAAGUGAGUGUGUGUGUGGUGUAGAAUAUCUAAGUGAGGUCAAGAUGUCCUCAAUACUCAGCUUUUUCUUAUUUGUGACUUGUUUUUUCCAUCACAAUAAAACAAUCAAUAGAAGAUAACACAUGAAGGUGAUUAAUAUAUGGUUAGUAGAUAGAGUGCAUUAUAUCCAUCCAUCCAUCUUCUAUGCCGCUUAUCCGCUUAUUACAUAACAUGUGAACUCAUAUUUUAGGUCAUGACUAUCAUAAAUACUGUAUAACCUUUGUGCAUGUAAGCAGUUAAUGAUUCGCCGGUGUUCACAAAUAAGAACAAACUGAAGUAUUAAAUGUUUCUAAAAUCAUAAAGAUGAGAGUAAAUAGUAAAAAAGGAAAAUAGUCUAUACUACUAUUUGCUAUUACAGCACGGUACCACAAACAUUUUCAACAUAAAAUAACUCGAUAAGCAAAAAAAACCCCAAAACAAAACAAAAAAAACUGCCAGGGAAACACGUUGUUCCACUAAAUAACCACUGGGUGGCAGUAUUAGAACUCCUCAUGGCUUUUUCCAAGCACAUUUGAACCCGUCAAAGCUACCUGUCGUAGUAGAUGUGGCUUUUUCAACAGUGACAGUCCUUGACAAAAAAUUACCAUAAAAUUCCUACUUCGUUCUCCUACAACUGAGGGGUUUAUGU